ACUGUCAGUAAUUCGUAUUCGAGAUUAAAGCAUACGAAAACGCGUUUCUGUAACUUUCUAACAUUUAUUCGCCUCGUAAUAACAUCGAUUAAUCUUAAAAUUCUGUAAGUAUCCGAAUUAUUAUUCGUGUUUUUCCAAUGCUUUUGAAUCAACAUUGUGAACAAAAUGUAAUUCCACGCAUAAUACGUACGAAAUUUUUAUUUCUGUUUCGAUAAUCUGCUCGUAAAGGUACCCGCAAGAGAAAAAAGCCAUGUAUUUUACCUUUUUAAAAUUUUUCUCGAUAUUUUGCAUCUUAAUAAAACAACACGAAACAGUCGAAUUCGAUUUGGAUUUCGUCGAAUCUGCAACUUUCAUCGAUAAGACAAUGCUACUUAAAAAAUUUCUCGAUGAAAAACACGAUCCAUUUUGCUACGUCACAUCUCCUCGCGGAUUCGGUAAAACGACGGUGUUAAAAAUGAUCGAUAAAUUUUGCAAUAUAGAAUUAGAUAAAAACCAUAACCCGAAGCACUGGAGUCAAACCGAAGCGUACAAAAUAUUUAAUAAAACGAAAAUAGCUGAAGAUAAGGAAACAAUGCGUCAUCUGGCUCGAUACGCGGUUAUUUAUUUAGAUUUGAAUUUCACCAUCAGUAAACCCUCUCAGAUAGACGAAUUCAUGGUAACCAAAAUGUUCAACGAAAGAUUACACGAAUGCUUUAAAAGAUACGAAUGGCUAAUGCAUUUUUAUAAAAGAAAAUACGCCCAAGAAUCCGGCAGCUCUUUAAAUACGAGUACGAACAAAAUCGACGUGGAAUUCCUAGAAAAAGCUUUACACGUGCGAGACGACGAUCCCGACUUGAAAUCAGUUUUUAAGAAACUAACCGAUCUGGAUAUCGAGCAAAGCUUGACUAAAUUGAUCGAAAUUCUCUACGAGCAUUUUAACAGCAGUCGAGUGAUCGUAUUGAUCGAUAAUUUAGAUACAACUUUUAAUCAACUUUAUACGUUGGCUAAUAAAGAUCAGGUUUCGGAAUUGACGUUUUUAUCGAAUACUAUCAUCAUUGUACUGUACAAUGGAUUUUACUUGGUUAACGAAACUGUUUUAAAACAAGCCUUUUGCGUUGGUAUUAGCAAUCUUGCAAUUAACAGCGAAAUCAGCGAUAUGAUCGACGAUAUGCAAAUAUAUAAAUUUCUCGACGAUGAUAACAAUAUUUACACACCGUUCAUGACGUUUUCCGAACAAGAUGUAAAUCAACUUUGCGAAGCGAAUAAUUGUACCCAAAAUGAUAUGAAAAUAAUCAAAACCUAUUGCAACGGAUAUCGCACCAGUGUAAAUCGAACGUUCGUUUAUAAUCCUGCCCUGGUUAUCGAAUACCUCGAACAAAGAAACCCGAAAGCUAUAGAUAUUUUGAGUAAUGUCACCGAGCAUGGCAAUAUUAUCAAUGUAUUCGUGAAAAAAUCUAAAGAUUUCAAACUGUACUUGGCCACUUUACUCGCAGGAAAAUCUGUAACUUUCAGUCUAUGGCCCAAGUUCAACUUUUCCGAAUUUAUGGAGUUGAUUCAAUACACUUUCGAAAACGUUUACAAGAAGAUGUUUGAAAGCAUACUAACGUAUUGUUACGAUCAAGGAUUCAUUACUCAUGCAAAGGCUAAAGGUCAUUUUGUCAUACCUAAUAAAGAAAUGAAAAAUUAUAUAGCCGAAAUCAAAUCCUAAUGGAUUCGGAAUCGAGUAAAUGGGAACAAAACUCACCUGAGAGAUUUGUAUUAUGUACCUACCUACCUAAUGAAUUUUCGAAAUAUUACGUAGGAAAAAUUUUUGAAAACAUUUCAUUAAGUUGUAUGCAACUUCACUGCUGGCAGAUGUUCUUUGUUUCUGUUUUUACCUAAUACUUUUUGAAAAACUUUUACUUUCGUUUUAAAAUCGAAUGAAAAAUUUACAUUCGAGGGCUACAAAAACUUGUUGAACUUGAGAAAUGAAUUAUUCAAGCGAUAUAUUUGGUAUAUAUCUACCUACGUGGAAAAAAACAGCAAAGACAAGAACAUGCCUUAGGUAAGAUACAAGCAUCCAGGACGCAGGAGAAAAUAUUAUAGUUGAACGUUUGAUAGCUCAAAUAGAAUGCUAUAAAUUUGACGAAAAGAGAUGCCUUUUGACUGCAUAUAAUAAUGAAACGUAUCAAAUCUAGUUACUAUGUGCGUCCCUUAAUGCCAAAGGCUAAAUUUACUCACUGCAGUUUUACCUUUUUCGCUCUUUUUUUCAAACCCAUAUUUUACAUCAGCAUUGGUGUUCAAACGAAUGACUGAAAAAUACCACUUGGUGGGUGCUUUUCAUUUCAAAACUUGGAAUUGGUCACGAAAAACGUUGUCAUUGAAUUUAAGCUGUCGAACGAUAUUUCUGUUGUUAUUUAUUUUUUGAAUAAAUAUUUUAAUGCAUUAUGUA